UGCAUUGUUAAAAAUUGUAAACAAAACCUGCUGCCGUGGCGAGUGGCCUUCGACGUCCCUCUCACUCUGCCACGUCUUCAAAUCUGUUAAUCGCCUCCAUCUCUCUCGAUUUCUACCCGUAUACAGUGCAUUCAGAUCAUGGUGGUCCUAGGGAGAACUGCAAAGAUUGUAUUGAGCUCAGGUGCUCUGCUUUUGGUGCUCUGGGUAACCCUGCUAGUCUUCAGUGCUUCUUCGAUAGAAGAAUCUUCAUCUCCUACACAACCUUUAAAGGAUGUCAAGCAGCCAUACAUCACCAAGAAAAAGAAGAAAGUUCAAGAAAAGGAACCAGAUACCCCGUGGAGAAGAGUGAAUCUCAAAGAGCUGGUCAUCCCUGAAAGUGCCAAAGAAGCAGCCAAAAACAUAACACCAGCUAUUCUGCAUCUAUCUGUCAGGCAAAUUGAUACAUUCUCUCUAGUGGUUACUCCCCCAGAGAUUAAAUCGAAUUUGACCUUCCUUUUCCUUCAUGGAGCAGCAUUUAAAUCUCAAGAUUGGGCAGAUUUGGGAACUCUUGGACUCUUGGGUGCAUUAGGAUACAAAAGUGUUGCCGUAGAUCUCCCAGGUUUUGGAAAAACAACAACUGCAUUGGACGGUAUCAGAGAUAACUAUGUCAGCAAAGUAGAUUAUGCUACGACCCUAGUAAAAGAGCUUCAACUUCAGAAAAAACAAAUCAUCUUGGUCAGUCCAUCUAUGAGUGGAAACUAUGCUCUGCCUUACAUUCUGACUCACCCAGAAAUGAUGGCUGGAUUUGUUGUCAUCUCCCCUGCUGCAUCUGGUAUUGUACCUCCCAGCAAAGUCAGGGCUCUGCAGGUGCCUACAAUUUUAAUCUAUGGAGAUAGAGAUACCUCAUUGGGUCCGACGUCGCAUCGUGAUCUCAAAACCAUACCAAAUUUCCAGGCGUUCAUCUUGCCUAAAGCUGGUCACGCUGCUUAUCUGGAUCAGCCCGAUCAAUUCCACACACUUUUGUACAACUUUGCAAAAAAAAUCGAUUCCUUUCCUUGGUGAAUGAGUGACCUACAUGGGACAAAAUCACGUCCCAUCCGAUACACCGUCCAGUUGAUAAGGUCGAGGCACGUGGAACGUGACUCACUUGAAUAUUUUUGAAUCAAUUCAAUUCAACGAGCAGACGAAAUGGUGCAGGGUUGUCGCUAUUUGACAAAUGUAUGUUGUUGUUUUUAUAAAAUAGGAAAUAAACAAAUUUGAGUUGA